AUGCCAGUACAGACAACAACCUCAUGCUCGGAGUCGAGCCCUACCACCGAGAAGAUGGGGCCUUCUGUGAAUGACGUCACGGAUGACCCAGAGUACGCAGCGCGAACGAUUCAGAGGGUAUUUCGCGGCUAUCGAACCCGGCGAGAGCUCCGCGGGCUGAACCUCGCUGCAUCUGCUCGACGGUCCAUCGAGAGUGAAAGAGCUCAUGACGAUGACAAAGAAACAAGUGCCGCUCAAAAGAACUGGCAGCGCGCUGUUAGCGUUGCCAUCCAGGCGGGCCGGAAUGAUGAGGAUGCAGCCUCCGAGACGGUACCCAAGACAAACUGCCAGCCGUCCGCUCAUCAAGCAAACCGCAAACCGACAGCAGCGAAAAUGAUGGAUUUGCAGUAUUUCCUAGAAAUGGUCGACACCAAACACCGCCAUGGAAGCAAUCUUCGUGCAUAUCACAGCAUUUGGAAGAGAUCGCCUUCAAACCAGAACUUCUUCUAUUGGUUGGACUAUGGCGACGGGGUGAAUGCUGAAGCGCCAAACUGUUCACGGGAACAACUUGAGAAAGACCAAGUCCGAUACUUAUCACCCGAGGAACGUCUUAACUACAUGGUCACAGUGGAUGAGAAGGGACUCUUCCGCUGGGUUAAGAAUGGCGAGUUGGUCGAGACGAACAACAAAAAGUACAGAGAUAGUCUUCAAGGGGUCGUGCAUAUCGAUGAUAGUGCCCCCCGAUUCCAAGGGAAUUCGAUAUCCAUAGACACGACAACGGAAGGCGCAACUCUCGGGCAGACGCUGUCCUCAUCUUCCUCGAUGUCUUCGGACUCCUCUUCAUCCUCAAGUGCACAGUCUCUGGCGCCGUCACAAACCAUGCAAAGUCAGAAAAGUGAUACCGGAAGCGGCAAGAACAUAUCCACGCAGGAAGACUACGAGCUCAACAAAGCAGUCGACAAGUUCGCUCGUAUCCGGCCUGCAGCCCUCUAUGAUCACUUCGCCGCAAAACUCUCAAAGAAAGAAGACAUGUGGAUAUUCGUCGCCGAUACGCAGUUUCGCAUCUACAUCGGGAUCAAGGAGCCGGGUGGCUUUCAACAUUCCUCCUUUCUGAGGGGAGGUAGAAUCGCGGCCGCUGGAAUGCUCAAAAUUCGCCACGGCCAGUUACGAAGUCUAGCGCCUCUAAGUGGUCAUUACCGUCCUCAUGUGGCCAAUUUCCGUGCCUUCCACCGAUCCCUCAAAGAACGAGGUGUCGACCUGUCCCGCGUCUCAAUGAGCAAGUCUUAUGCCACCCUCGCUGGUAUCGAGGGUUACGUCGCCGCAAAACGGAAGGUUCGUAGUGUACAAGAGAAGAUUGAUGACGCAAAACAAAAAUUGCAGCCAGGAGCUCAACAGGACAAAUCAUAA